AUGAUUGUGCAAAUUUUCCUCCUAUUAUCCAUCGCGAGAAACGCAACACCGAGGAGACACAGGGAGUCAUCAUCAGGCGAGAGUAUCGAAAAUCUUCUCUACUAUCAGGACUGUAAGCAUACCACAGCACCACCUUCCAGCACCGUCAGCUCACCCAAGAUCGAAAGGCUAUCUGACUCGAGACCGUCUUGUCCAUACCCAAAAAUGUGUUGUGCCAUGAGUUGUAACAAUGCACCAUGUGUCUCUGAACAGCUGAACAGCUACGGAAACCAAAUGCAUCCGAACUUACAGCCGUAUCCAAGGAUGCAGAAACAGAGGCAGCUGUAUGAACAGCCCCAAGUUUUGAGAACAAGAAAGAAGAAGAUUAGACCAUCCGCACCAAUGGUCAAUGGGAGACGAGACUUUGGGUUCACGAAAGAUAACAUAAAAAGCCUGAUAUCACAGGACGAGGAUAUCAGGAAGAUAUUGAAGGAUCUGGUGAGGGUCACGAUGCAGAAGGUGGAUCUGCAGGAGAUGAUCAAAAGUAGGAGAAUGGCUUUCAUCGCGACCAGUACUGAAGGUACAACUCUUGCUGAAAUUGCUGAAAAUUCGGAAUACGAAGUUGACUUGUAA